AUGGGGAUAGAGGUGGCUCAGGCGAUACUGUGCUCUCGGUGGGGAGCAGCAAGCGACAAGAAUCUCUCUCAGGAUGGUGAUGUGAUUAUUGGUGGACUUUUUAAUCUGUACUACAUACCUUCAGCAGUAGAGCAGAGUUUUAUGGAGCAGCCACAUUAUGAAUCUUGCACUGGCUUAGAUGUAGAGCCAUUAAAAUAUACACAUGCUAUGGUGUUUGCGGUGGAGGAAAUCAAUCGUAACAGCACCCUGCUACCAGGAGUGAAGCUGGGCUACCGUAUACUCGAUAGCUGUUCCCGAUACCCCUGGGCUCUGCAAGCUGCACUGUCACUGGUCGGAGGAGACACAAACAGCUCAGGUGAUCAGGCUGUUCCUUUGCUCAUUGCUGCUGCUUCAUCUACAACAGCCAUAAUGCAGUCCAGGAUCUUGGGGCCUCUCUCUGUGCCAGUUAUCAGCUACUUGGCCAGCUCCCCCAGUCUUAGUGACAGGACAAAGUUUCCCAACUUCUUCAGAACAAUUCCCAGUGAUAUUUACCAGGCUCGGGCCAUGGCACAACUGGCCAUACGGUUCAGCUGGACUUGGACAGGAGCAGUGGUUGAAAACAAUGAUUAUGGUCAACUGGCAAUACAGGUAUUUCGGGAAGAGAUUAAGGAGAAAGGUGUUUGUCUGGAAUUCAUAGAGACUGUCCACAGAGAAACUAUUGACAGUGAUGCCAGACGUACAGCACUCACAAUUCAAGCUUCUACUGCGAGGGUGAUUCUGAUCUUUUGCUGGUAUACAGAUGUAAAGAAAGUAUUUCUGGAACUGGCCAAGAUAAAUGUGACUGACAGACAGUUUCUGGCCAGUGAGGCUUGGAGCACCAGUGAUGAUCUUCUCCAAGAUCUUGCAAUCUCAAAAGUGGCAAGUGGUGUUCUUGGUGUGGCCAUUCAAAGCUCAAAAAUACCUGGAUUUGAAAAGUAUCUCAGAGGUUUGGACCCAGUUCAUCAUCCGGAUGAUGAAUUUUUACGAGACCUCUGGGCAAAGGAGUUUGGUGGGACAGAGUCCCUUCAGGGGUUGCAGCAUCCCUUUACUGACACCUCUCAGCUCAGGGUGGCAUAUAAUGUCUACCUUGCUGUUUAUGCUGCAGCCCACGCCCUUCACAGCCUUCUCUCCUGCCCUGAUGGAGACAGAAAUCCUGAAAACAACAGCUUCACUUGUUCCUCUCCCAGACACAUCAGACCCAAAGAUCUGUUGCAGCACUUGAACAAAGUGAACGUCACCACACCACAAGGGGAAACGUUUCAUUUCCAAGGAGCUGAUAUUCCAGCAAAGUAUGACCUGGUGAACUGGCAGAAGAAGACUGAUGGGUCACUUCAACUUGUUUUGAUUGGUCAUGUGGACGGGUUUGACCUUCACCUCAAUGAGUCGGCUAUUGAGUGGAGCACAGGAUCCAAUCAGGUGCCUGUUUCAGUGUGCAGUGAGAGCUGUCCUCCUGGUACUCGAAAGGCCAGCAGGAAAGGAGAACCUCUCUGCUGCUUUGACUGUAUCCCAUGUGCUGAAGGGGAGAUUAGUAAUAAAACUGGUUCUCUUCACUGUGAACGUUGUCCCCCUGAGUUCUGGUCCAAUGCUGAACAAACUGCCUGUGUCCCUCGUCAGCUGGAUUUCCUUUCUUUUAAUGAAACUUUGGGCAUCACUCUGACUACAGCAGCUGUGUCUGGUGCUGCUGUGACAACAGCUGUGUUUGUGGUGUUUCUUUACUAUCGUCAGACACCUAUGGUUCGAGCCAACAAUUCAGAUCUGAGCUUCCUGCUUCUUCUGUCGUUGAAGCUGUGCUUCCUGUGCUCACUGGUGUUCAUUGGUCGUCCAUCAGUCUGGUCCUGUCGGUUCCAGCAGGCAGCUUUUGGGAUCAGCUUUGUACUUUGUGUUUCCUGCCUCCUGGUCAAAACCCUCGUAGUUCUUGCUGUUUUCCGCUCAGCUCGGCCUGGUGCAGGAGCUUUUAUUAAGUGGUUUGGUCCGGGCCAACAGAGAGGAAGUGUCUGCUUCUUUACUUGCAUACAGGUCAUCAUCUGUGCCACAUGGUUGUCCCUCAGUCCCCCGGUGCCCCAACGUGAUCUGGGUUUCCAAGGGUCAAAGGUCACUCUGGAGUGUGCCAUGGCCUCUGUGGUGGGCUUCUCUCUGGUUCUGGGCUACAUUGGCCUGCUGGCCUGCACCUGCCUCCUCUUGGCCUUUCUUGCUCGGAAACUCCCAGACAACUUCAAUGAGGCCAAACUGAUCACCUUCAGCAUGUUGAUAUUCUGUGCUGUCUGGGUGGCCUUUGUUCCUGCUUACGUUAGCUCUCCUGGGAAGUAUGUUGUCGCUGUGGAAAUCUUUGCUAUCCUGGCUUCCAGCUAUGGUUUACUGCUCUGCAUUUUUGCCCCCAAAUGUUUCAUCAUUCUUUUGAGGCCAGACAGAAACACCAAGAAAUACUUGAUGGACAGAUAGUUUUUCUGGCUUGAAUAUCAGCAUAAUUGCUUUUAAUCACAUUUUUCUGGUGCCACCCUCCCAACUUGCCACAGUCUGCUGUCAUAUAUAUUUUUCUGAGUAUGUGUUUUACUGGGUGGCACAGUGGUUAGUACUGUCGCCUC